AUGCCAGAUGACAGUCGUGCAGUUGACAAGCCGGAAGUCGACGUGGACUUUUGUACUCUGGGCAUGUUCAUAAUAGAUGACAUCGAGUUCAAGCCCCCCACUCCAUCGGUCCAUGGGAUCAUAGGAGGGGCAGGCUCCUUUGCAGUUGUUGGAGCUCGUAUGGUUGCUGGCAAUGACCAUGGCAAGGCUGUCAGCUGGAUUGUGGACGCUGGAUCCGACUUUCCUCCAGAUAUGAUGAGCACAAUUCUAUCGUGGAACACCGGAUGUGUGAUACGAGAGGACAAGGGUCGUUUAACUACACGAGCAUGGAACGGUUACGGCGAGAAUGAAAAGAGAGACUUCAAAUACUUGACACCCAAGUUACGCCUGGAACCCUACAUGUUAUCCAAUGCUCAGCUAUUCUCUAAGACAUUUCAUAUGGUGUGCUCAUCCGAAAGAUGCAUUCACAUCGUGCAGGAAAUUCUCCGCCGCCGAGAAUCGGUUUCCUCAAAUCAGUCUGCACGACCGAUAUUUGUUUGGGAACCCGUCCCCGAUCUCUGCACACCGGAGGAACAAGAAAAGUUCCUUGCAGCUUGUCGCGUGGUCGACCUGGUCAGCCCCAAUGAGCUGGAGCUGGGAAUGAUGUUUGGACGUUCCGGUUGGCAUGAAUCCGAUGAGGGCGACCGAAAACUUGUACAAAAGAUCCUAGAAUCCGGUAUUGGCCCGGAAAAGAAAGGAGCACUAGUUAUCAGAGCAGGUAAAGACGGUAGCUACAGCUAUGCAAAAGGUCAAAAGGGAUUGUGGCUUCCAGCAUAUCACCAGUCUGAAUCAGACCAAGUAUCAAAAAUUGUUGAUCCUACUGGAGCUGGUAACUCUUUCCUUGGUGCGCUAGCCCAGGGUAUGAUCAGCAAAGAUCGCGAGCCCUGCCAAAUCAUGGAUGAUAUAUUGGCAAAGUCAGAUAACUGGAACAAGAUCAAAAACAAAUGGGGCAAUAACGGCCAAAUACCCCAGGCUCUCAUCUGUGCUACUGUCGCAGCCGGGUUUGUUGUAGAGCAGAUUGGUGUGCCUACAAUCGCAACAACAAAUGGAUAUGAAACUUGGAACGGAACUGGAUUCAGUGAACGACUCCGUAAUUAUACACAGCGGUUAUGCAAGACUCUUGAGCAGUUUCCGCAAGACCAUGAAUGGGUGAUAAAUUAA